UCGUCGUCGAAUUCUUUUUGAAUUUCUGCCGGAGUGAGAACUAGUGCAGCAAAACUGUUACCACUUUUUUGUAAGGAAAAGAAAAUCUUAGGAUUUAAGGUCAACUCUUAUUCACUAGGAUUAAAACAACAAACGGCAAGAUGGAUACAUCAAUGACUGGAAGCCAGAUCCGAAAGGCUUUCAUUGAUUUCUUCAUUGAAAAGAAACAUGUCUAUGUUCACUCCUCAUCUACAAUCCCCUUGGAUGACCCAACUCUGCUUUUUACUAAUGCUGGCAUGAACCAAUUCAAGCCUAUAUUUCUGGGAACAGUGGAGCCUAACUCUGAUAUGGCACAAUAUGUGAGAACAGUAAACAGUCAAAAAUGCAUCAGAGCUGGAGGUAAGCAUAACGAUCUGGAUGAUGUGGGAAAAGAUGUCUAUCACCAUACUUUCUUUGAGAUGUUGGGUAACUGGUCUUUUGGUGACUACUUCAAAAAAGAAAUUUGUACCUGGGCCUGGGAACUUUUAACAGAAGUAUUCAAGCUUCCAGCUGAAAGAUUGUAUGUCACCUAUUUUGGCGGAGAUGCUGCAUCUGGUCUUGAACCAGACUUGGAAUGUAAGGGCAUUUGGUUGAAUUUAGGGCUACCGGAAAGUCAUAUACUGCCUGGUAGCAUGAAAGACAACUUUUGGGAAAUGGGAGAAACUGGACCUUGUGGUCCAUGCUCUGAGUUACAUUUUGAUAGGAUUGGAGGGCGUGAGGCUGCACACUUGGUGAAUAUGGAUGACCCAGAUGUGUUGGAGAUCUGGAAUUUGGUGUUCAUCCAAUACAACAGAGAAAGUGAUGGAUCACUGAAACCAUUGCCUAAAAAACACAUUGACUGUGGAUUGGGUCUUGAACGGUUGGUGUCGGUAAUUCAAAAUAAAAGAGCCAACUAUGAUACCGACUUGUUUAUGCCUUUAUUUAAAGCCAUUGAAAAAGGCACUGGAGCUAGACCUUAUUCUGGUAAAGUUGGUACUGAAGAUGCUGAUGGUAUAGACAUGGCAUACAGAGUUUUGGCUGAUCAUGCAAGAACAUUAACCAUUGCUUUAUCUGAUGGUGGACACCCUGAUAACACAGGCAGAGGGUAUGUGCUUCGUAGAAUAUUAAGAAGAGCUGUGAGAUAUGCUUCAGAAAAACUGAAUGCUAAGCCUGGCUUUUUUGCUUCUUUGGUGCACACUGUAGUAGAAAUUCUAGGAGGUGUGUUUCCUGAAAUCAAAAAAGAUCCAGACACAAUAAUUCAAAUUAUCAAUGAAGAGGAGAUUCAAUUCUUAAAAACACUUUCCCGUGGUAGAAAUCUGCUAAAUAGAACAAUUGAGAAGCUCGGUAAUUCAAAAGUUGUGCCAGGAGAUGUCGCGUGGCGACUUUAUGAUACCUACGGUUUUCCAAUAGAUCUUACACUGCUGAUGUGUGAAGAAAAAGGGUUAACUAUUGAUAUGGAAGCAUAUGAGAAAGCCAAAAAAGAAUCUCUACUUGCUUCUCAGGGGAAAGCAGCCGGACAAGAAGAUUUAUUGGCUUUGGAUGUACAUGACCUUAGUCACUUGCAAGAAACUGGAGUACCAGUAACUGAUGACUCACCUAAGUAUGAUUAUGUAUCAUCAUCCACUGAGAAAGAUGCUAUUUACACAUUUAAACCUUGCACGGGGAAAAUUGUUGCACUUAGAAGAGACAAACAAUUUGUAAAUGAAGUUACUUCUGGUCAAGAAUGUGGUAUUAUAUUAGAUCGCACUAAUUUCUACGCUGAACAAGGUGGCCAAAUCUAUGAUGAAGGCUAUAUGCUGAAGAUAGAUGAUGAUAGUGUUGAAUUUACAGUAAAGAAUGUACAAGUAAAAGCUGGAUAUGUACUGCAUACUGGUAAAGUCGAAGGUAUAUUGAAAGUAGGAGACACUGUAUCAUUGCAUAUCGACACAGAAAGACGACGACUUGUAAUGAACAACCACACAGGAACACACAUAUUAAACAAUGUUUUGCGAAAAGUUCUCGGCAGUGACUCUGACCAACGUGGUUCCCUUGUUAUGCCAGAUCGUCUUAGAUUUGACUUUACUAAUAAGGGACCUAUGACUGCUAAGCAGAUCAAAGAUGCUGAAGAUCAAAUCAAGAGUAUCAUUAAUGAAAAUAAAAUAGUUUAUGCUAAGCACACCAGACUAAGUGACGCAAAGAAAAUUAAUGGUCUAAGAGCCAUGUUUGACGAGCACUACCCAGAUCCUGUGCGUGUAGUAUCUGUCGGCAUAUCAGUAGAUGAACUAUUAAAAGAUCCCGAAGGUUCAUUGGGAGUCGAAACAUCUGUAGAAUUUUGUGGUGGCUCUCACCUACAUAAAACUGGCCACAUUGGCGAAUAUGUCAUUGUGAGCGAAGAAGGUAUCGCCAAAGGUAUUCGAAGAAUUGUAGCUCUAACAGGACCAGAAGCAAUUAAAGCCAUAAAUAAACUUAGCGUAUUGGAAAAUGAAGUUAAUAAUAUCGCUAGUUACAUAAAAGAACAAGGAGACAAUAUUAACCACAAGGAUGUUGUUAAGAAAAUUGUUGAUCUUACAAAUGAUAUAUCCCAUGCCCAAAUAUCAUAUUGGAAAAAAGAUGAGUUGAGAAAUAUGCUUAAGAAUCUUAAAAAACAACUAGAUGACAAAGAAAGAGCAGCAAAGGCCGAAACUAUCAAUAACGUCACUGAGAAAGCUAAAGAACUGUGCCUUGAAGAAAAAGAUUCUAAUGUUAUUGUUGCUGAAUUGAAAGCGUACGGUAACACUAAAGCCCUAGAUGGUGCUCUAAAACAGGUGAAGCAACUAUGUCCAAACACAGCAGCUAUCUUCUUCUCUGUUGACGAUGAUAGCAAUAAAAUCUUCUGUUUGGCUGCAGUCCCCAAAAACGCAAUUGAAAAGGGUUUAUUGGCGUCGGAGUGGGUACAAUCAAUUGUUACACUAAUUAAUGGUAAAGGUGGAGGAAAGGCAGAAUCUGCUCAAGCUUCUGGAAGCAACCCAAGCUGUCUCAAUGAAGCUAUGAAAAUUGCCCGAGAGUUUGCUAUUUCGAAACUUUGUUAAUUUUCUGACAAUAUAAUAGUUGAAAGUGAAAUUAAUUUUACACUAUUCAAGUCGAUUUUCAAUGUAUAUUAGUUCCAAUCUUCAAACGCACGAUUAUGUGGCCAUUUAAGUAAAAUGUCAAGUAUAUAAUUUAAU